AGGGGGCAGCGCGGGUACCGGCCGGGCCGGAGAGCGGCGGCUUCUUCUUCACUCACACACACAAGGCAGAGAAUUAUCGCCGUGCUCGCCCGGGGACGCUUCCUCCAUUUAGAAACUAGCGAACAACAGAUUAAAACAAAACACAUUGGCGGCAAGUCAGAUCAUAAAAGGUUUCAUUCCGUUUCUUUUCAAAGGAGGCAUGAGCCUUGCAAUUCAGGAACUGCUUCUCUGCUGCCGUCAAUUUGACAAUGACAAAGCUACGGAGAGAAAGAAAGUAGUGGAUAAAUUUAAACGCCUUAUUCGAAUGCCAGAAACCAGGCAGCAGUUGGAUCGAAAUUCGGAAUCAAAACAUUCAAAACAAUUGAAUUGGGAUACAGUUUUUAGGUUUCUGCAAAAGUAUAUCCAUAAGGAAAUCGAAUGUCUCCAGGCGGCCAAUCAAAGCGUGUCCGCAGCAACGCAAGCCAAUCGACAAAAGAAAAUGCAAGAAAUAAGCAAUAUAAUGAAAUAUUUUAUCCGAUGGGCUAAUAAAAGAGGACCACGUUUAAAAUGUCAAGAGCUAUUGAAGCAUAUCAUGGAUGUUCUGCAAAAUAAAUUCAGCUCUGCUUACGGGGCUGACUACAAUAGUAUUCUGCUGAAGGAUGUUCUUUCAGUUCGGAAAUACUGGUGUGAUAUAACCCAGCAACAAUGGUCAGAUUUAAUGACAUUAUACUUCAAGAUGUACCUCAGACCCUCGAGAGAUACUAACCGGGUUCUUGUAGCCAGAAUAAUUCAUACGCUUGUGAAAGGCUGUAGUGUAUUGUCAGAGGGCAUUACCUCCAAACUCUUUGAAUUCUUUGCAAAAGCAAUGCAGAAUGUAAGACAGGAACAAGUCUUUGCAGUCAUUGAGCAUAUCGUAUCAGCUCUCAAUGUCUUCCUCAAGAUGUGUAUAAUGAAUUGCCGUGUUCGUGUGUGUAAACUUGGGGAGGACACCUUCUCAACGCUGCUAUGCAUUUGGACACAGAAGCGUCUCCAAGAUUCCUUAAAGGACGAAAUCAUUGAAUUCUUUCGUCUACAGCUCCAAGCCCAUCAUCCAAAGGGGAUAAAAACUAAGGAAAAAGGUGCUUUUGCAGCUGACUGGUUGAAUUGGCAGAACCUGCUUUAUAGUCUCCACGAAGCAAUUGUCAGUGAAGUGAGCCACAUAGGAAGCAGAGGAAAGUAUUCCGCAGGAGUGCGCCAUGUUGCUGUGAAAGAGAAACUUGCCAAUCUGGCUGCUGACAUCUGUCAUCAGUUGUUUGGCUGUGACUUCAGAGUGUCUGUGUCACCAGUAACAAGUAUGGAAACUCCACAAAGCCCCUCCCAUCAAGGGAUGCCAAGCAAACAAAGACGUAUUGAGUUGGGAUGGGAAAUGAUAUGCGAUCGGUUGCAAAAAUCAGAGAACGAUUUUGAUUUGAUACCAUGGUUACAAAUCGUCACUGUUCUGGUUGCAAAAUAUCCUUCAAGCUUACCCAACUGCGAACUUGUUCCCAUAUUGACCAUUUUGCACCAGAUCCUUUCUCAGCAACGGCGUGGAGAGAGAAUUCCAUAUGUUCUUUGCUGCCUUCAUGAGGUGGCUGUAUGCCAGAGAUUGAAAUCGACCCUGAAUACUGCACAGAAAUUAGACUUGCAAAAGCUCUGGGCCAAAAUCUGGGCCAUUGCACUUCGGAGCAUCAGCUCGCACCAGACUGAAGCUGAAAGCUUCCAGCUGAUGGAGGCAAUUCUUGAAGGGAACCUAACCAUGCCAGACAUUGAUUUUUGGAAAAUCUUUUCAGGAUCCACAUGCAAACCAUCCAGUUCUGCUGUGAAGUGUCUUUCUCAAGCAUUGGGAAGAUGUACAUUGCCAGAACGAAUUGAUGGUGCUGUUGAAAAUUAUCCAAUGGGCGGCAGAGCACUGGAUCUUAGAGAAGCAAUAAUGCGAUGGUUAUUGUCUUACCAAGCGGAGGAGAAUGCUGAAGAAAAUGCAGAGAUUCCAUCAGUAGUUUGCAGAGAUUUACCAAAUCAACUGGUGUCUCAAAUAUUGGUUGUUUUAACGCUGAAGGACUGCAAAUCUGGAAUGGACUUCUUUCAGGCACCCUCAACAGAGAGUGCACCAGCAGAAGAACCACCAAAUGAAGAUUGCAAAGAUGGCACAGUCUUCUCAGAAAUGGAAAGCCUUUUUCUGCAAACAACAUUUGAUGAAAUUCCAACUCGCAGUAGCACUAAGAUUCGGAUUGGGGACAAACAGAUUGUGACAUCAAAAAUAAGUGCCAAGCGAGUUUUGAGGGAUAAACUAGAGGAAUAUUUAUUAGCAUUGGUGGAAUGUCUGCAUUCUAAUGUGACGCUUCCUCCAGAAUGCCAUGUUCGCUGUGCAGAUCUUAUCAUUGGAGUGCUCCGAUGUUAUUGUGACAUUGGUGUUACAAACGAGGAUAAUGCAUGUGCGUCUGCGCUAUUUCAGAAGGCAAAGUCUUUUAUGCAGAAUGUUGGUGAACACAUUUCUACAACGCGAAAUGAUCUUAAUGAAGAGGUUAAGCUCAACUCUCUGAAAACACUGAUUAAUGUGUGCACAAAAUGUCUACACUCGCACACUAAGCAGCACUGGCCAAAGAAGCACUCGUCUGUUCUCUUUCUUCAACUAUUCGCAGCAAGAUUUAUGAAUGACCUCGUGGAAGUUUGUCGACGGCUGGCAAUUCCCACUGGAAAACCAUGUGAUGCUUUUGAGGCAAAGGACGAUUUUCAAGAUGAUUUAAUGGAAACAGAGGGACAUGGAUCCGGAGACCUCUUUGAUGACGAUAACGACAAAGUCCCUGAAGGAGGAGAUUAUAAUGAAAACAAUGACUCAUCGGUUGGAAUAGGAGCAAAGAACAUUUUAUCUGAAGACAAUUUGACAAAGCAUGAUUUUCUCCUGCUCGAUAUUCUCCGAUUCAUCUGUUGCUGCACAGCAGCAGGUCAGAUACAUGCACUUUCAUUCAGGUGUACUGACAUUAGAAGAAAGCUACUGUCAUUAAUUGAGGACAUCAACCACAAACAUUUCAAAACCUCCCCAUUUGCAUAUGAGCUCCCAUCAGAAGAAGGCAUUCUACCUUCAAGUGAUUUUGUCAUACUUCUGAAACCACUCUUACAGGAACAAGUCUUUGCAGUCAUUGAGCAUAUCGUAUCAGCUCUCAAUGUCUUCCUCAAGAUGUGUAUAAUGAAUUGCCGUGUUCGUGUGUGUAAACUUGGGGAGGACACCUUCUCAACGCUGCUAUGCAUUUGGACACAGAAGCGUCUCCAAGAUUCCUUAAAGGACGAAAUCAUUGAAUUCUUUCGUCUACAGCUCCAAGCCCAUCAUCCAAAGGGGAUAAAAACUAAGGAAAAAGGUGCUUUUGCAGCUGACUGGUUGAAUUGGCAGAACCUGCUUUAUAGUCUCCACGAAGCAAUUGUCAGUGAAGUGAGCCACAUAGGAAGCAGAGGAAAGUAUUCCGCAGGAGUGCGCCAUGUUGCUGUGAAAGAGAAACUUGCCAAUCUGGCUGCUGACAUCUGUCAUCAGUGUUUGGCUGUGUCUGUGUCACCAGUAACAAGUAUGGAAACUCCACAAAGCCCCUCCCAUCAAGGGAUGCCAAGCAAACAAAGACGUAUUGAGUUGGGAUGGGAAAUGAUAUGCGAUCGGUUGCAAAAAUCAGAGAACGAUUUUGAUUUGAUACCAUGGUUACAAAUCGUCACUGUUCUGGUUGCAAAAUAUCCUUCAAGCUUACCCAACUGCGAACUUGUUCCCAUAUUGACCAUUUUGCACCAGAUCCUUUCUCAGCAACGGCGUGGAGAGAGAAUUCCAUAUGUUCUUUGCUGCCUUCAUGAGGUGGCUGUAUGCCAGAGAUUGAAAUCGACCCUGAAUACUGCACAGAAAUUAACUUGCAAAGCUCUGGCCAAAAUCUGGGCCAUUGCACUUCGGAGCAUCAGCUCGCACCAGACUGAAGCUGAAAGCUUCCAGCUGAUGGAGGCAAUUCUUGAAGGGAACCUAACCAUGCCAGACAUUGUCUUUCUCAAGCAUUGGGAAGAUGUACAUUGCCAGAACGAAUUGAUGGUGCUGUUGAAAAUUAUCCAAUGGGCGGCAGAGCACUGGAUCUUAGAGAAAGCAAUAAUGCGAUGGUUAUUGUCUUACCAAGCGGAGGAGAAUGCUGAAGAAAAUGCAGAGAUUCCAUCAGUAGUUUGCAGAGAUUUACCAAAUCAACUGGUGUCUCAAAUAUUGGUUGUUUUAACGCUGAAGGACUGCAAAUCUGGAAUGGACUUCUUUCAGGCACCCUCAACAGAGAGUGCACCAGCAGAAGAACCACCAAAUGAAGAUUGCAAAGAUGGCACAGUCUUCUCAGAAAUGGAAAGCCUUUUUCUGCAAACAACAUUUGAUGAAAUUCCAACUCGCAGUAGCACUAAGAUUCGGAUUGGGGACAAACAGAUUGUGACAUCAAAAAUAAGUGCCAAGCGAGUUUUGAGGGAUAAACUAGAGGAAUAUUUAUUAGCAUUGGUGGAAUGUCUGCAUUCUAAUGUGACGCUUCCUCCAGAAUGCCAUGUUCGCUGUGCAGAUCUUAUCAUUGGAGUGCUCCGAUGUUAUUGUGACAUUGGUGUUACAAACGAGGAUAAUGCAUGUGCGUCUGCGCUAUUUCAGAAGGCAAAGUCUUUUAUGCAGAAUGUUGGUGAACACAUUUCUACAACGCGAAAUGAUCUUAAUGAAGAGGUUAAGCUCAACUCUCUGAAAACACUGAUUAAUGUGUGCACAAAAAGUCUACACUCGCACACUAAGCAGCACUGGCCAAAGAAGCACUCAUCUGUUCUCUUUCUUCAACUAUUCGCAGCAAGAUUUAUGAAUGACCUCGUGGAAGUUUGUCGACGGCUGGCAAUUCCCACUGGAAAACCAUGUGAUGCUUUUGAGGCAAAGGACGAUUUUCAAGAUGAUUUAAUGGAAACAGAGGGACAUGGAUCCGGAGACCUCUUUGAUGACGAUAACGACAAAGUCCCUGAAGGAGGAGAUUAUAAUGAAAACAAUGACUCAUCGGUUGGAAUAGGAGCAAAGAACAUUUUAUCUGAAGACAAUUUGACAAAGCAUGAUUUUCUCCUGCUCGAUAUUCUCCGAUUCAUCUGUUGCUGCACAGCAGCAGGUCAGAUACAUGCACUUUCAUUCAGGUGUACUGACAUUAGAAGAAAGCUACUGGCAUUAAUUGAGGACAUCAACCACAACAUUUCAAAACCUCCCCACUUGCACAUGUACUUAAUCCUCUUAAAAGAGCUCCCAUCAGAAGAAGGCAUUCUACCUUCAAGUGAUUUUGUCAUACUUCUGAAACCACUCUUGGACUUGUGUUCUGUGUAUCGUUGUGAUCAAGACGUUUGUUCAGUGAUCCUGACACACAUUCUUCCAUUACUGUCGGUACAUGGCCUUGAUGCUGAUGAAAUGGCUGACAUUCAAGGAAUUUUGCUAAAAGCAAUUGGAGCAUUCUGGCAUCUAAGCAAGGAAGGAAAAUGUAACGUGCAAGUGAGAACUGCUCUGGUGAGAUGCAUGAAAGCCCUACUUGAGAAAGAUCCUCACUCCAAGUGGACUGUGCUUUCCAGCCGAGAUGAAGAAUUGCCUGUCUCUGAAGCCUACACAGAGUUCCUAACAGACAGUCAUCACCAAGUUCGCAUGCUCGCUGCUAUGUCUAUAAGCAGUCUAUUCCAGGAGACUCGGGUACAGGAUACGUCUGUAAAGCUGCACGCCCUUCCCGUGAAACUGCAGCAAAAAGCUUUUGAAAAUGUGUAUAUGAAAGUACAAUCAGGAAUGAGAUAUCAGAAUCGUACAUCCCCAGAAGAACUUCAGGAUGAGGAAUGCAACAGAAGAGCUGCGUUGCUUAUAGUGCUUUCAUUGAUCAUGUGCUGCAGCCCCAUAUGUGAAAAGCAGGCCCUAUUUGCUAUUUGCCAAUCAUUAAAGGAGAACAAGCUAGACCCUAUGCUUGUUAAAAAGAUUCUUGAGUCUACGUCAAAGUGUUUGACUUACCAUACUUUGGAGAGCUUCAUGGUUUCUCAUAUGGAUUAUCUGAUCCAUGAAUGGCUGGCAGUGACUGAUCCUGACUACAAAUUGUCUACAUUCCCUUACAUUGUAUUGAACUGCUCUAAUCUGGAAGAAUUUUACAGGUCCUAUUACAAAGUACUUAUCCCCCACCUGAUGGUUACUGGGAACAUAAAGGAAGUGAAAUCAAUUGCUGCGCACAUUAACAGACAGUGGAAAGAAUUGCUUGUUGAUUGCCUUCCAAAGAUAAUGGUUAAUAUUCUGCCUUUCCUUGCAUAUCAAGAAAAUAAUGGAUCUGAUAAUGUUUUUGCACAACGGAGAGAAAAUGCAUUCAAGGUGUAUGACAUGCUGAAAGAAGCUGAUUGCCUGGGGAAGCAGCAAAUUGACCAUUUGAGCCUCAACAACUUGCCAGAGAUUGUUGUUGAGGUGCUCAAUACCCUGUAUGAUCUUCCUAACCAAGAUGUAGCGAAUGGUGGAGAGCUGGGGAUGUUUGUUGGGGCAAUGGAUCCUGCUCCUAACCCACCACAUUUUCCUUCCUACAUUAUCAAAGCUACUCUGGAAUAUAUUGGAAGCUGCCAUAAAGAGAAGUUCAAAUCACUUGUGGCAGCACUUUCAAAAAACCCUGAUUCAAUACAAAAGAUCUUGCUGGCAAUUUGUAAGAAGGCAGCAGACAGUACCAGUGCUUAUGAAAAGCAUAGAAUUCUGAUGAUGUAUCGAUUGUUUGUAAAUUUGCUACUGAAAGAGAUUAUGGGCGGACUGGGAAGAUUGUGGGCAUUUGUUCUCCGUGACGUCAUCUAUAGUCUGAUUCACCACAUCAAUAGUCGGCCAGCACACAUGGAUGAUGUAUCCACACGCAGUUUUUCUCUGUGCUGUGAUCUCUUGAAUGCCACUUGUAAAACUGCUGUAGAACAUUGUGGGGAUGCACUGGAAAAUCAUCUUCACGUCAUUGUGGGUACAUUAACACCAUUGGUCCAGGAACAGCCAGAGAUCCGUCAACAGGCCCUUACGUUGUUGAAGUAUCUAGUGAUUUCUAAUCGAGACAAUAAAAACCUAUACCAUGCAAUUAGGCGGUUGGAUCCAUUCCCCGAUCUUCCUGAAUUCAAAGAGCUGCGUCUUAUCCAGGAGAAAAUCAAGUAUAGUAAGAAAAGGUUCACAUUAUUGGAGGAAAUCAAUCACUUCCUCUCAGUCAAUUCCUGCGAUUCCUUGCCCUUGACUAGGCUUGUGGGAUUAAAUGAUCUAAAAAAACAACUAGCACUUCAUAAAGAGGACACUAAAAUCCUGCUAAAAGAAUGCCAAGAUGAUCCAGAGUCCAGUGUCCUUGUGAAACUAGUCGUGAAUCUUCUGCAAUUGUGCAAGUCUGCUAUCUGUCACCCUGCUGGAAAAGAUAUAUUGGAAGCUGCAGGCAAGUGCUUUGGAGAAAUGGGUCCAAUUGACUUUUCCACCAUUGCUUUACAAAACAAGAAAGAUGAAUUUCAUUUCAAGGCGUCAGAAGUUUUGAAAGAAAAUGAUUCUAAAUUGGUUUGCAUUCUCCUCGGUGUAAUUAAUAAUGCUCUCAUUGACCAAUGUAUUGAUGUUCGCUUUGCAGCUGCUAAAUGUGCAAAGAACAUACUUGCCACCCAAACAGGCCACCAAUUCUGGGAGUUAAGUAAGAAUGAACCCAAUGUUCCUGAUCCCAUGUUGAUGUAUUUACAACCUUUCCGAACACCCAGAAUGAAGGUUCCUGAGCUGCUAGCAGACAGCAGAUCCAGUCCUUCUGAAACUCUUGAUGACAGCAGUUUGUGGAUACCUCAGGGUGUAAACCAUGACACAUGGUUGAAAACACUAACCUGUAAACUAUUAGACAGUGGAGGUGUGAGGAGUGAAGUUCUACAGUUAAUAAAGUCACUAUGUGAGGUGAAGGCUGACUUCUGCCAGAUGAUUCUUCCAUACUUGAUCCAUGAUAUUCUCCUUCAUGACAAUAACAGUUGCUGGCAGGGGUUGUUAUCUAACCACAUUCAAAGUUUCUUUAAUGUGUGCUGUAGAAUGGGACCAAGCUCUAGCAGAUCCACCACACCAGCCAUUAUUGACUCAGAAACGGACAGCCUUCCCCACGGAUCUAUGGAUAAGACCUCUCGGCGCACAAUGCUGGCUGUGGUCGAUUAUCUGCGCAAGCAAAAAAGACAUCAGCUGAGCACUGUAUGGGAUGACAACUUCUGGCUGGAUCUGAAUUAUUUGGAGGUUGCUUUGACAGCCCAGUCAUGUGCAGCUCACUUUACAGCCUUGCUUUAUGCAGAAAUCUAUGCUGAUAAAAUCAGAUCUGACGAGGAAGAGUUGAAACGGAGUUCCCGCAGAGCAGCUCGCAACUUAAAGUUUGAUGAAGGCAGCCAAGAACAAACAAUCUCCAGCUUGAGCAGUAAAAGCAGAGAAGAAACAGGGAUUAACUUACAGGAGCUACUGAUUGAAGUCUACAGAAGUAUAGGAGAACCUGAUAGUUUAUAUGGCUGUGGUGGAGGGAAGAUGUUGCACCCACUUGCCAGAGUUCGAACAUAUGAGCAUGAAGUGCAGUGGGACAAGGCUCUUGAAUAUGACAUUGAAAUGAAUCUUCCUGUCUCUACACGCCAAGCUGGUAUUGUCCAGGCUUUACAGAACUUUGGACUAUGCCAUAUUCUAACUACAUAUUUAAAGGGGCUUGAAGUUGAAAACACAGAAUGGUGUGAGGAACUGCAGGAAAUCCGCUUCCAGGCAGCCUGGAGAAACAUGCAGUGGGAUCAUAUCCCUCCAAGCAAAGGUGGGAGUUCGAGACCUGGGUAUCAUGAAUCUGUGUACCAUGCUUUGCAGUCUCUGAAAGACCAAGAAUUCUCUGCCUUCCAUGAGGUUUUGAAGGUUGCAGGUAACGUUUCACUCAUUGCAGAUGAUUUGUUCAGAUUUUAUCUACUUCUGGCAAUUAAAGAAGUUGAAGAAUUGUGCAAAGGAAGCCUGGAGUCUGUCUACUCUCUAUACCCCACACUAUGCAGAUUGCAAAUACUGGAAGAACUAGAAAUCAUCGGAUACAUGCUCUGCAGUCCUGACCCAGAUGAUGCUUUGAAUACAGUACACAGAAAAUGGCAGCACCAGCUUCUGCUUCUCAAGGACAGUGACUUUACAUUCCAGGAGCCUGUCUUAACCAUGAGGACUGUCAUUCAAGAGCUGCUUAUCAAAAAAGAAAUGGAUGGUCAAAGGAAGGAACUCAUUAAAGAUGCUCUGACUGAGCAUUUACUUGAAAUGGCAAAAUUAGCAAGAGCAGCAAAAAAUCCCCAGUUGGCAGAAAAGGCAAUUUUCCAAAUCAAACAGCACAAUCCAGUUGGGUUUGGUGUUUCUACCUGGCAGCUGGAAGAAGCCCAAGUCUUUUGGGAUAAACAGGAACAGAGUAUUUCUCUUGAUAUUCUCAAACAGAUGAUUGACAAGCUAGAAAUUGAAGAAGUCUCUCUUAGUCUGCCUCUAACAAUGGAUUUUCAGGAUGGAACUGAUGACAAAGCAUUAGUACCACUCUAUGUCGAGUGUCUGAGACUGUGGGGAAAUUGGUUGGCAGAAACAUGUUUAGAAAGCCCUGGCACCAUCAUGCAGAUGUAUUUAGAAAAAGCUGUGACUCAUAGCAUUCAACAUAAGGACAUAGUUCACAAUGGGAAAAUUGAAGCAUUUUUAUCGUUGGCACGGUUCUCCGAUGCACAGUAUCAGAGUAUUGAUAAUUAUAUGAAGUCGUCUGAGUUUGAAAAACAAACGUGCACUUCUCAAAAAUGCCAAAGCAGAAAUUCAUUUAAUCAAGGACAUAAAGUUCAGACCAACAGAUAUGUGGUGAAAGUUCAGCGAGAAUGUGAAUUGGAUGAACGAGCGAUGUGUGCAUUGCAAGAAGAUCGUAAGCAGUUUCUGUGUAGAGCCGUUCAGAACUACAUCAACUGCUUGCAGAGUGGUGAAGAACAUGACAUGCGCAUCUUCAGACUCUGCUCCUUGUGGCUUGAAAACUCGGGAGUUGCAGAAGUAAACGAAAUGAUGAAGAAAGGUGUAGAAGAGAUUCCAUCUUACAAAUUUUUACCUUUGAUGUACCAGCUGGCUGCUCGAAUGGGAACAAAGAUGACAGGAGGUCAAAGAUUCCAUGAAGUGUUAAACAAGCUAAUUGAAAGAACUUCAUUGGAUCAUCCACAUCACACACUGUUUAUCAUUUUAGCCUUAUCCAAUGCAAACAAGGAUGACAUUCUAGGGAAACCUGAAGAACUGAGGAGGGGUAAACAUACAAAAAAGGAGAUGCCACACUUACAUCAGGAGAGAAUGGAUGCUGCCAGUAACAUAAUAAAUACCGUUCGAAAAUCUAAAGCUAAACUGAUAAAGGACAUUGAGAGAUUAUGCGAUUCCUUAAUCACGCUUGCAAAUAUGGACACUAGUAAAUGGAAAACAGAAAGAAAAGCCAUUGAAAUUCCUGCAAUACAGCCUAUCACAAAAAUAAAGAAUCUUGAAGUUGUUAUUCCAACAAUGGAAGUCAAGGUUGAUCCAUCUGGAAAGUAUGAAAACCUGAUAACUGUACAAUCAUUCAAGUCUCAGUUUCGAUUAGCAGGAGGAAUGAAUCUUCCAAAAAUCAUUGAUUGUGUGGGGUCCGAUGGCAAAGAGAGAAGGCAGCUAGUCAAGGGUCGGGAUGAUCUGCGACAAGAUGCCGUAAUGCAGCAGGUUUUUCAGAUGUGCAACACUCUUUUGGAAAAGAAUUCGGAAACCAGAAAGAGAAAGCUGACUAUCCGUACAUACAAGGUUAUUCCUCUUUCUCAAAGAAGUGGCAUUCUUGAAUGGUGUGCAGGAACCACGCCCAUUGGGGAAUAUCUGAUUAACCCAAGUGAAGGAGCCCAUAAGAGGUAUCGACCAAGCGACUGGAGCAGCCUAGAAUGCAGGAAGAAAAUGUCUGAAGCACAGAAACUGAGCUUUGAAGGUAAAUAUCAAGUCUUCAUGGAUGUCUGUAAGAAUUUCCGGCCUGUCUUCCGAUAUUUCUGUAUGGAGAAUUUUUUGGAUCCAGCCGUUUGGUUUGAAAAGCGUCUUGGAUACACUCGAAGUGUGGCUACAUCUUCAAUUGUUUGCUACAUUGUUGGUCUUGGUGACAGACACGUACAGAACAUCCUCAUAGAUGAAGAGUCAGCUGAACUUGUGCACAUAGAUCUCGGGGUUGCAUUUGAGCAAGGAAAGAUUCUUCCCACUCCAGAGACAGUUCCAUUCCGCCUAACUCGGGACAUCGUUGAUGGAAUGGGCAUCACUGGUGUGGAGGGGGUUUUCAGGAGGUGUUGUGAAAAGACGAUGGAAGUUAUGCGAAGUUCUCAGGAGGCCUUGUUAACAAUCCUUGAGGUGCUGCUAUAUGACCCUCUUUUUGAUUGGACCAUGAAUCCUUUAAAAGCACUUCACCUACAACAGAGGCCUGAAGAUACAGACCUUCCUUCCACGUUGAACUCCUCUGUGGCUGGGGACGACAACGAAUGUGAUGGAAAGAUUACUGAUGACAAGAGCAUCAACAAAGUGGCAGAACGUGUCUUACUGAGACUUCAGGAGAAAUUGAAGGGCGUUGAAGAAGGUGCAGUCCUCAGUGUUGGUGGGCAGGUGAACCUACUCAUACAACAAGCCAGAGACCCAAAGAAUCUCAGUCGGCUCUUUCCCGGCUGGCAGCCUUGGGUAUAAUCAGAGAAUUAAUGGGGUUUAGAAGUACUCUAUGGUUCUGCUGAAUUUAAGGUUAUUUUUGUUCUAAAGCACAAAUGUACCAGCUGUAAAAUAUUUCUGUGUAUGUAUAAAUCUGUACUUCCAGUUGAAGUAUUUGUCACAUGCUUCAAAUUAGUUAUUUUCCAUUUUAAUUAACUGGUAAUAGAUAUCAACUUUCUUCCAAUAAUGAUAUGAGGUAGCACUAGAAUAGCAGAUAUCCUCUGAUAUCCCAAGAAGCAAUUCAACUAUGUCAAGGGCAAAAAACAUGCAAGGGCUCUUGUAGUUAAUUAUUCAGUUUCAAACUUGGGCGCUUUCAUGCCUGGAUUGCCAUAAUGAUAGCUUUCAAACCAAAACAAAAUACUUUUGUAAAAGUUGCUGCUGAUUCCCUGUGUUUUGUAUGCAUAUUUGGCUGAAUUUCCUACUCUCUGCAAAGGACGUUCAGGAGACUGUGAAUCACAGAAUCAAGUCUUGAAUCUCUGGUCUGAUCAUCGUUUCUCAUUGGUACUUUGGGUUCAGUGAAUUUACUCUGUCACAUGCAACUUACUCUCAGGUAGAAAGGAAAUGUUUGCAUUUCUAGAGAUGUUAUGUCUCUAAAUCGUUUUUUUUCUAAUUCACUCAUCGGAAACAAGCAAAGAUGUUUCGGCAAAACUAAUAUCAGUUGUAGUGAUGUAUAAUUAGUCAAUGUUGUACUAUUAAAGUACAAAGAUUUUCAUUUUGUACAGACAUAAAAUUUUGACUAAGUGAAAUGUUCAAGAUUUAAUUUUAGUCCACAGUGCAGUUUGAAACUAAGGAACUUUGAUCAACUGCACAUUAGAUUUAAUUAUUUGUGCCUCCUGGAAGUUGUAAAUUGUGUUUAUAAUCGAAACUGUAAAUCUGUAAUGGAGUUGUCUGAUCUGAUAUUUCCAUUAUGUGUUAGAAAGCUCCUUAUCUACACUUGGAUAAAAGGCAUUUUGUGUGUAUCAGCCUAUGCAGAGCAUUUUACCUUUAGGAUCAAAAGCCAUUUUACUUGAUAAGGAUGUAUGUCCAAUUGUGAAAGAUUAAAAAAAUAAAAAAUACUGCCAUGAUAUUUGUAAACAA